AGUCAGACAUUUCAGUCAGUAACCAGUAAGCGACUCUGAUGCUCUGACUGACUAAACUUAUUGUAUAUUGUAUUGUUUGUGGUGUGGUGACCGAUGUCAAAAUUUGAGUUUUCUUUAGAAGUGACGGGCUAUUACUCCUCAUCAAAUAAUUCGCAAAAACCUGACUCUUAAGCUUUGAACAAUUUUAUCUUCAACACAUCGUAGUGUUUGUGUUCCCCUUAAUAUGAGAAAUUUUCAAAAUAGUUGUUCCUACAGGAUUUAUUAUUGCAUUGGUUUUUUGUGUUGUCUGCUAUCAAUAAACAAUGUUUAUGGAAAAGCUGGUGAAUUUGUGACCAUCGGUUCUGUUCUGAAGCUCCUCAAUACUGACUACAAGGUCAGACUGCACUCGCACGAUGUAAAGUACGGAACUGGUAGUGGGCAGCAGUCAGUCACUGGAACUGAAUCUCAAGAAGAUGUCAAUUCUCAUUGGGUCAUUCGAGGUGAAACCAAGAAGCUAGUGUCUCGAGGAGAGCCUGUGAAAUGUGGAAGUGUUGUUCGGUUAACACAUUUAGCUACAAACAAGAAUCUGCACUCUCAUCACUUCUCCUCCCCCUUGUCGGGCAACCAAGAAGUCUCGGCGUAUGGCACUGACGGUGAUGGUGACACUGGUGACCAUUGGAUUGUCAUUUGUGACGGGGAUUUUUGGGAGCGAGAUGAGAAAGUAAUGCUCAAACAUGUUGAUACAGAUGUGUAUCUGUCAGUGACCAGCAACACUUACGGACGGCCAAUCAACGGACAGUACGAGAUCGUAGGAGUCCAAUGGCCGAACUCUAACCCUGUGCAUUGGAAAGCUUUGGAAGGACUGUUCAUCCAUCCGUCGGACUUCAAUCCUAAGAAACAAGUCCACAUUGAACAUACGGAACUGUAAUUUAGAUCUGUAACCCUGCAAUCUAUUUAUUGUGGAUACCAAAGUGCACGGUGCAAGCGUGAAAGUGAUGUACCUACAGGUAAAAUUGUGAUAUGUUUCAAUAGUGAAUGACAUUACCAGUGGAAUGAUAAAAUUUUGUAUCUAGAACAGGUGGGAUAAUGAUUACAAGCUGUGUAUUAUU